CUUGGCCCGUCUUCAGACGCCUAUGCAAAUUGGACUAUCAGAAAAGCCGAUCUUGAUGCUCUAUGGUCUGGUAAUCUUUCUGUCGACAGUUAUCACGCAACAGUCGAGCUCACACCUGCGCAAUAUAACAUUUUUUAUGACCAGUCUACUCAUUUGCCUUUCCCACACCCAACGAAGAUCAACAUACUCCAAUUUGCAAGCCAGGUUAACGUAAAAUUAUUGAAUGAUGACGGUAUAACAUCCCUUAUCGGUAGAGAGGGUUUGUCACAUUUCAAGAAACAAGCCACCUCCAAGUACGGGGAUAUGAAGAAAGCAAGCUCUCUAGAGCAUUGGUGGGCAUGGAAUCUCACUACGUUUUUGAACGAGGAAGUCCGCAUAACCAUAAAAGAGAAGGAAUACAAUGGAAAGCUCAUCUCUGUCUUUAACAAAGUGGCCUCAUGGAACACGUACUUGUGUAGGAUCUCUCAGCUUGAGGAAGAUUACGAGUUUGGCGUCACAUAUGAUUCUUUGUUGGAUGGAACAGUCACUAUCGAACGCUGUGGUCCACCAGAGGAUUGGGUCGAAAGUACCGCAUGAUCUUCCUCUUGUUUUCCGAGUUUUCCUUUGUAACUAGCCUGUCUUUACCGUAGUUUUCUGUA